GAACUUUAAAACCCCGUGUAGUCUGUAAGCUGUGGCGGGCGCAGCAAGUAUAACUUAUAAGUGUUUAAAACUAUAAACUGCGAAACUGCGAAACUGCAACAUUCGCCGCUAGAAAUUGAGUUUCAUCAUCACAUCACUUCUUACCUGCAGCCUGCAAAGCGAGAGAGAGCAUCAUCAAAACACUUUUGCAUGAGCUUCGCAUAAACGUCCCCUCACAACUAACAAAAGCCAACCACCAUCUGAAUUACAACAUUCUUUUUUGAUUUCCCUCCGCAACAUUUCUUAAGGGCCCUGCAUUUCCACAACUUUGAUCCCCUUCUCCCUUCCGUAUCAUUGCAUGAGCUGGGAUGGCUGGCCGUUUUGUGCGCGCGUCGAAAUAUCGACAUGUCUUUGGCAAAUCAUCCAAGAAGGAGGCAUGCUACGAUAACUUGCAUAUCAGUCGCAAUGCGUGGGAUACCAAUUUAAUCAAGGCCAAUCCUGAAUAUCUUUCGGUCAAUUGGGAAGCUAGUGGUGGAGGCGCAUUCGCCGUCAUUCCUUUGAAUGAAAAGGGUCGUCUGCCAGAACAAAUUCCAUUGUUUCGAGGCCACACGGGACCGGUUCUCGAUACGGAUUGGAACCCUUUCAACGAUCGCAUUAUCGCUUCCGGAUCUGACGACGGAAAGGUAUUUAUAUGGGAGGUUCCUCAAGGGUUCUCCCUCUAUCAGGACUCUGAAGAACCCGUCGAUGUUGCGCCCGUCAGCAAAUUGGCAGGGCAUUCUAGGAAAGUCGGACAAGUUCUAUUCAACCCCGCGGCAAACAACAUCCUCGCAUCCGCAUCUGGAGAUUACACAGUUAAGCUAUGGGAUAUCGGCACCGGGAAGGCACCUUUGACAUUGAAGCACGGAGAUAUUGUACAAAGUUUAUCAUGGAGCGCAAAUGGAGCUCUUUUGGCCACCACUUCUCGAGACAAGAAAUUGCGCAUUUGGGAUACUAGACAAGAAAGACCCGCACACGAAGGACCUGGACAUACUGGCGCAAAGAAUAGCAGAGUCGUAUGGAUGGGAGAACACAAUCGCGUGGCUACUACUGGAUUCUCUAAGAUGAGCGAUCGUCAAUUGGCUUUGUGGGAUGUUGGCAACGCCAAGCAACCAAUUGGAGGGUUCACUGUUUUGGACUCGAUCUCUGGUGUUUGCAUGCCAUUCUGGGAUGAUGGCACUCAAUGUUUGUACUUGGCAGGCAAAGGUGACGGUAACAUUCGAUACUAUGAAUAUGAGAACGACAAGUUCGAAUUCUUGUCCGAAUAUAAGUCUAGUGAUCAACAACGUGGUAUUGCAUUCCUUCCAAGACGUGGUAUUAAUGUACACGAGAACGAGGUCAUGAAGGGAUUCAAGACCGUCAAUGACCAAUAUGUUGAGCCCAUCUCCUUUACAGUUCCUCGACGUGCCGAAGUCUUCCAAUCUGAUAUCUACCCACCUGCGAUUGGUUUGAAACCUGCAGUUACCGCCGAGGAAUGGCUUGCUGGAAAAGAUGGCAUUCCUGCCAAGAUUGAUUUGGAAAGUAUAUACGAAGGAAACGCCCCAGUUGAGGUACCAUCCGAUUAUAAACCAGCUGUUGCUGCACCAGCGCCAACCCCAGCCCCAGCGAAGCCCGCACCUCCAAAGGCAGAGCCUGAACCAACUCCAGUCGCACAAAGAGCACCUCCACCAACCAUGUCUGAACAAAAGGGUUCCAUUUCCGCCAUGGCCUCCAAAUUCCAGGAUGAUGAUGAGGAAGAAGCCGAUGAUAACUCCAGCUUCGAGGAGAUUCAAAAGCCAAUUCAAAAGUCCGUUCCCGUCGCAGCCAAGCCAGAACCCAUCAAGCCUGCUCCAACUAAGGUCACACCGCCAAAGCCAUCUCCUGUAUCUCAAGCAACACCAACAUCAUUCGAGCCUGCAGCAAAGGCUACCCCAGCCACUAUCGCUACCUCUUCCGGGCCCAUUUCCGCGGUUGGAGCUUCUCAACCAUCCCCAACCUCGGCCGGUGUUGAAGAUUCCCUAGCAGAAAUUAAGCAACUUUUGGCAAACCAAACUAAAACUAUCACGGAACAAACGGAGAAAAUUGGUCUGUUGACUCAAGAGGUUGAUACAUUGAAGAUGAGAGUUGGUCCUGGUGAUCAAAGUGAAAGAAUUAGACAAUUAGAGUUGGAGUUGGAAGCUGCUAAGUCUUAAAUAUGGGAUUUAGUUGCGGGAGUGCGGUGUGCUUUGGGGGGUUUUUGAGGAUAGGAGAAGAGGGGAGAGUACAUUACAUGACGCAGGUAGUUUUCAGGUUUUAGAGCGAUAGGCGAAUUGACGAUUCAAAGGUGUAUCCUUCUUACGAGGGCUAUUGUUUACGUGAAUUUGAGAGAUCUGUAACUGAAAAUUAAGUUUAGUGAACAAUUCAAAAAUACAGUUAUUUGGUGUCAUAGCCUAGCCCAAUGGGCAUCAAUAUAUCCAUACAUUGGGAUUAUACAGUUUCUUUUAUUUGCCCUCAUCGUUUAACUCCAAACUGUAUGUACAAUACACCCUCAUUUUUCAGUUUCAACUUUUGUACCCUUUACCUUUAUUAUUCAACUCUCAUGUAUCUAAUCUAACACACUCAUCCUCCAACGUCAAAUAAUACGUUCAGUCCACA